AUGUCAUCAGCUGACAACAAAAAUGCGCCUGUUAAACCUAAACGUGCUACACAAGCAAUGAAAGUGAAUAAAAGUGCCAAAGAGAAGCCGGAGAAAUGCUGCUUGAAAUCGCACUUUCUGAGUGAUAGUUGCAUACAGGUCACCGCCUGGCUGCUCUUAACCGCCGGAUUGUGCAUAAUAGCGACCACCAUUUAUGUGGGGAUUCUGAUGCAAACAAAUCGCAAUAAAUAUCAUGAUUUCAAUGACACUCAUGAAUUUGAUUACGUAACUGAGUACACUGACGCGAAUGUGGAGACAACAACAGAGAGUUUUAACAAAAGUAUCAGUUAUCCCAGAUCUAUUGUUCUACUGAUGUCGGAUAGUGUGGAAGACAGGAAUGGAUGUAGAGAGAUAAAUUGCAGGAUCACUUGUAUGGACGCACUACGUUUUUACGAUAUGCUUUAUGCGUCUUCCUCGGCUACCAGUUGUACCGUUAUCGAUAUGCUACUAAUCAGAGAGCAGAGUUUUGUAAAUGGAGUUUUACUCAAUUCCUGGAUUGAUUGCAACAGGCCCAUCUAUGAGUUAGUGGUGAGUGACAGCAACAUAACACGCAUUAGAAGUGGUGCCUUCAAUUCACCGCUCUUCGUGGACACAUACCUCUUGGAGUUAAGUAACCUUCGAUUGACUAGAGUUGGUAGUGGUACUUUACUGGGUUUGCGCUCGCUGCGUUACCUAAUCAUCGACACACCACUUGCCGAGAUAAAUCGAGCUUUCUUCCAGCCAGUACAAUCGACACUAAUGCAUUUACGCAUGAAUUGCGGUCUAACCAUAUUGCCAGUGGCUAUAUUCGGUGUGAGUACAUUGGGGAAAUUGGAAUAUGCCGACCUAAGCAAAAAUUUCUUUUACGGGCCACUAACGCGACAAAUGUUUCGAGCCACGCCCAAUUUGCGUUAUCUACAUAUGACGCAUUCAAAAGUCACUGCUAUUGCCGCGGAUGCAUUUGACGACCUGAGUGGUGUGCUAGAGGUGCUUGAUCUUUCGGAAAAUUUAAUCACCACUAUUUCAAGCACUGCGCUAAAACCGUUAUUGUUUGGUUCAAAGCGCACGCUGAUCGGUUUAGCGCACAACAAGUGGGAUUGUGUGUGCGAAUUGCUUGAAUUCGCUAAAAUCUAUCAGAUAUACCGUAAGGAAUUUUUAAGCACUAUCUUUUGUCAGUCUCCUCAACUUCAAAAUGGCAAGCCAUUAAAUGAAUUGCUUUUUAAAGAUGAUAAUUGUAUGCUGAAUGAAAGCAACGAGAUUUACGAACCCCUAGUCACCACAAUUUAUAAUAGGUUGACCAGCACUGCAACAAAACCCACUAGACCAACUACAACAACUCUAAGAGCAUUAUCUACGACCACACAAAAACCCGUCACAUCUACCCUAAUCAACACCACAAUGGCAACUUCAAACGCCAGUAGCAGCGAGAUGUUGUCACCUAUAGAUAGUGAUGGCUCCAGUAGUCGUUCCAGUGCAGAGGAUUUAAGUAUAAUACAAUUGCGUUGCUUGCACAUUUUGACAAAUAGAAACCUAAGGGAAGCGGUAUCUGAAUCGGCGGUAGCUAAACGCUCAAUUGAUAUAGCAGCUAUAUCGUCGGAAUCUAAAAGCUUGUACGAACUUAAUCAAUCCAGCUCAAGCGAAGACAUUGAAGCAAAUACAGUCGAACUGGAGCAAAGCCUAUCCGUAGUACCAACUGCAGCGUGGCUUCCAAGCAGUACUACUUCGAAAAAUGCUGUAAUAACGAAUACAACAAAAUUACUGAACAAUCGCGGAUACCACAAUCCAUCGAUGGCUUAUUAUAAAUUUGAGGUACCCACAUAUAAUUUUGAGUUGACUUUGUUGGUGGAUAAUUCAGUGCAAGUUUUGAUAAACGAUUACAAUGGUCAACCGGAAAUCAAUAUGAUAUGGUUUAGCCGCCAGAAAGAAGUGGAUAAUAUUAAGAAUGUUCAUGAUGCAGCACAAAAUAUCGAAUAUCAUUGCGAGAUGUAUCGGGAGCCAUAUUUAUUGGUUAACGCACUUAGUGAGAACACUACUUAUACGUUUUGCAUGUUAGAAAUACCGCAAAUUACGAUUUCGCCAUUCAAUUGCCUGCCAUUGUAUGUGCCGAGUUUGAUAAUGGAGCCAGAUAACACUUGGAUUACUCAGGAGGAUAAACAAUUCACUUUGGGCAUGUUGACAUUGAUUUUCACACUCUCGGCAUUGUUUGGUGGAAUCAUUGCCUAUUUCGGCAUCAAAACGUAUCCAGAAUUGUUGGAGGGAUCGAAAAAUGUUUUGGUUGUUAAGCGUUCGGAACAGGAGUCCGAAUACUUGCAGAGUAUGGGUUCCAUUAAAAAGGAACCGCUUAGUAGGCGAUCAACGAGAAAACACACACUAUCAGCUUCGGAAAUGCCACCAAUGUCCUUGCCACCACCACCGCCAUUCAGCGUAUCGAAUUACAAUUUGGAGCGUUUAUCAAGUAUCAAAUCGUCUUCAACAUUGUUUGAGAGUUUUUUCGGUUCGCCACCAUUUUCCGUUGUAGACGAUCAAUACGAAUUACCCAAACAAUAUAGUCGAUGUUUCGAGGAGGAGCGUUGCGUGCCCAAUCCAUAUGCCAUGAGCCCAUGUUCGCCACCACCUUUACCAAAGCGGAAUCCGAGCAUUACCUCAACAAAUCGUGUCUCCAAAAAUAACUAGUAGCUGCAUUUAAAAAAAAGUUUUUCUGAAAUUAUACAGUAACUUAAUGUGAAUGUUGCUCAUAUGAUAUAAAAAAGAAAAAU